GAUGGUUCAUUCCAAAUCCGUGACAGGAAAAACCGGUGUUUACACACUCGAGACAGGAAGCUUAUUUUGUGUUUGUAGCUUGCUUGCUACUAUCUAAUCGUUAAAAUGGUAUUUGCACACGUAUUGAACUUUUGUGAAAUGUAAAUGACGUAUUAUUUGUCCUAUCAACUAAUCUAUCAGAAACGUAUUAGUCGUAACACCGUCCACAGAAACUUGAAAAAGCAGGUCGCCAUCAAUGGCUAGCUAGCAAGCUAGCAACACCUCAGAAAGAAGUGACACACAGGCCCUACACAGUGUCUCCAGGGUGACCAUGGGGUCAGAGAGUAGUGCUCUCAGGAGCUGCACUUUGGAGGAGCUGCUCCUUACCCUUCCUUCAGGACUGACUAUGUACUCUGCACAGCUCCAGGAUGGCAAACCUGCUUCUGUGUUUGUUCACAAACAAGGCAAUGAAGACAAAGUCAGUAAAGCUGCAAAGCACCUGAAGACCCUGAGGCACCCGUGCCUGCUGCGCUUUCUGUCCUGCUCGGUGCAGGCCGGGGGAGUUCACUUGGUGACGGAGCGUGUGCAGCCCUUGGAGUUGCUGCUGGAGAACCUCAGUCCUGAGGAGAUCUGCGCUGGCAUCUAUGACCUUCUGCAAGCCCUCGUCUUCCUUCACGACAGAGGAAAAUCUAGCCACAACAACGUGUGCGUUUCCUCAAUCUUUGUCAGUGAAGAUGGCCAUUGGAAACUUGGAGGAAUGGAGACUGUCUGCAAGUUUCCUGAAGCAACCCCUGAGUUCCUUCAAGGCAUUCAGAACGUGAGAGAGAAAUCUGCUGUUCCACCUGAGGAGAGGAUUGAUAGCUUUAAAACACUGCCAGACAAAUAUGGCCAUUCAAGAGAUUCCUUUUCAUUUGGAGUGUUGGUUGAAAACUUCAUCCCACUUCUGAAUGGCUAUGUCUCUGAGGAGCUAUUGGAGAGUUUUAAGCGCACCCUGCACCAAAGCCUUCUGAACCCCGACCCCUUCUCUCGCCCAUCACUCAGCAGCCUGCUGACUCAUGAGUUUUUCAGGAACGACUUUCUUGAAAUAGUAAAUUUUCUGAAGAGUUUGACUCUGAAAACUGAGGAAGAGAAGAAUGAAUUCUUCAAGUUUCUUCUGGACCGGGUUCAGAGCCUUCCUGAGGAGCUGAUUGCAGACCGACUAAUCCCAAAAAUUCUAAACUCCCUGGUGUUUGCAGAACCCACCGCCAUAAAAAGUUUCCUCCCUCAUCUCCUCAGGCCAAAGAAGGAUUCAGGUAGCAGCAGCGAGGACUGUCUCCUGUCUGUGCCCCUCUACCGGAAAUAUGUGAUCCCCCAGCUACUGAAACUGUUCAGAGUUAACGAGGAGCACGUAAGAAUGGUGCUGCUGUCCCACAUUGAGGUUUAUGCUGAUCUUUUCUCUCACGAUGAACUGAAGAAUCAGAUACUACCUCAGAUUUUGCUUGGAAUGAGAGACACAAAUGAUUCACUAGUUGCCAUGACGCUGCGGAGCCUUGCAGUGCUUGUUCCCUUACUUGGGGCUCAGGUGGUGGUUGGUGGAGAAAGAGCCAAAGUAUUCAAAAGGACAACACCCAACUUCACCAAGUCCACUGAGGUCACCCCAGAAAGCUCUCCUAUUCACAUCGUUGACACGUUACCUCCCCAAAUCACCAAAUCUCCCAAAAUCCAGAAACUUUUCCCCAAGCCCUCUGGAAGCAGAGAGGUGGUGCUGGAGAACAUGGACUCCCUUUGUUCCGUAGAGGACUCUGGUGAAUUUCAAGUGGCAGCAAAAUCAGUCACAGCUAUCCACAGAGACAUGACUUUACCUCUGAAUGGAUACAGUGAAGGAAGAGAUCUCGACAGGCCUGAGCGACCAGCUGAGGAAUGGCCAGAUUGGAGCGAUGCUGAGGAAGUGGACAAGGACCGAAACCAUCCUGUGCAGAUCCAUCUCCAGGCCAUGGAAAAGCAGGAAAGGGCCAACGUCAACAUCUCGGCCGAGCCUCACGAGGAAGAGGAGCCCUGGGAUGACUUUGAGGAAUCUGAAGUCACCUCGUCUCAGUCCCCGACAACAACGGCCUGGGACUCCACAGUUCCAGUGCAGGGUGGCUCUGGAGUAAACCCUGUGUUAGAGUCAGCAAAACCUUCAAAAGCCCUGAAGCUGACCAUCUCCAAAACUGUAACCGAGAGUAAGCCCACUGCAUGGAACAGUAGCUGGGACCAGGAGGGUGAUGUGAAACCAAACAUACCAUCGAGAGACUCAGCUAAGAUAAACCACACACGGAAAGACGCAGGGAACGGGGGUUUGGGAGAGGAGUUUACAAUCGAAGUAAAAAAGAAACCAGAGAAGGACCCCGAGAUGGAUUUCUUUGCCGAUAUGGUACCAGAUAUUAAACUUUUCUCAUCAUCUUUGUUAGCGCCCUCUGAAAGGACCGUUUCCAGUUCUGGACUUUUUACAGUUCAACCUUCUCAACAUACUAAGCCUACAGAUUUGGAUCUAUCAGUAGACCCACAAACACUCACAGCAAAGUUUGCUGCAACUGAGGUCGAAACAGAAGAAGCAGGUUGGGGUGAUGGUGAUGAUCUGAACUGGGAAGAUGGGAAUGCCUGGUGAUCAACUAGAAGAGUAGCUGCUCAAAGCCAUAAAGUCGAAGUUGCACGUGGUGCAGACCCUGCCACCUUCCCUUUGGAAAAGGCCAAUCGGAGCAAUUCCAUCUUCCAUCCAGAGUUCCUUUGUCAUAUUUUAAUCUCAAAUCUUGAAAAUAAUUUGCCAUUUAGAUGUUUUCUAUUGCUCACUUUACCUCUGCAGGUUUAAACAUACCAAGUUAAUUUGCAUAAUUAUAUAGACACGAUUAGCUUUUUUUUUCCGUUUUCGGUUUAUAAAAGGCCACACUUACCAGGUAAUGUUUCAGUUUGACUGGAUACAUUCAAUUAACUUUGCCAAAUCCUACAAAUUUAGUUUUCUGCAGUGGUUGUGGAUCUUGGGGGUGGGCUAUGGAACAGUUAUAGGUUAAAGGUUAGAAUGUGCCAUAGGUUUUCAGUGAUGUAUGACCAGGCCUUAUAAGGACACUUGAUUGUCCAAAGUGAAACCAAUAUACCUUUAAUUUGGAGGAAGGUAGACAUAAUUUAUUUGUAUUUACAGCUGCUGAUGGAAUAAAUCAUUUUUUGAUUCAA